CGUAACACUUGUUCAGUUCUUCUUCACACUCACAUUCAGAUCUUCACACUUUCAUUGAUUUCAUCAUUUCUCUUCCAUCAAAAAACACUCUCAAAUCUCAAUAUUCGAUUCAUAAAACACUCUUAAAAAAUUCUUCAAAAUUCAAAAUGCCAUCAUCAACCUCAAGAACAAUCCGCAAAGCAAUCGGUGCAAUGAAGGAUCAAACGAGUAUCAGCAUAGCGAAAGUAGCUGGAAACAUAGCUCCUCACAUUGAGGUUCUAGUCGUGAAAGCAACGAGCCAUGACGAAAUUCCUGCGGAUGAUAAGUACGUAAGAGAAAUUUUCAAUUUCACUUCUUAUUCUAAAAGCUACGUGAAUGCUUGUUUGAUUUCGAUCACGAAAAGGUUAUCGAAAACGCGCGAUUGGAUUGUCGCGGUUAAAUCGCUUGUGCUUGUUCAUAGGUUUUUGACUGAUCGGCAUCCUACGUUUGAGGAUGAGAUUGUUCGUGUUCAUGCAUCACGUGAGGGGAUGAGGAUUUUUAAUAUGAGUGAUUUUAGAGAUGAGGCGCAUUCGAAUUCGUUGGAUCAUGCUAGUUUUGUUAGGGUUUAUGCGUUGUAUCUUGAUGAGAAGGUUGGAUUUUUGGCUUAUAAGAGGGGGUUGAGAGGUGGUGGUGUUGAUGAAUCUGGUGAUUGUGAAUUUGGUUCUGUGAAGAGGAAUGGGGAUACUACUGUUACGCCGGCCGAGAGGGUUUUGGAUAGGUUGAAGCAUUUGCUUCGGAUUCUUAAUUGUGUAUUGGAUUGUAAACCGAGUGGGGCUGCGAAGAAUAAUAGGUUGUUGUCGAUUGCGCUUCAUCAUAUUGUGAGGGAUAGUUUUAAGGUGUAUGUGGAAAUUUGGGAUGUGUUGGGGGUGUUGAUGGAUAGGUUUAUGGAAAUGGAGUAUGAGCAAUGUGUGAAAGCUUUUGAGUUUUAUGUUAGAGCUUCCAAGAAGAUGGAUGAGUUAGCAGGUUUUUAUGCUUGGUGUAAGGAUUUGGGAAUUGCGAGAUCCUCUGAGUAUCCUGAAGUGCAGAGAAUCCCUGAGAGUCUUUUGGGGACACUUAAUGGUUUCUUGAAGGAAAUGGGUGAUAGAACAAAGAGUCCAAAGGUUAAGGUAAUAGGUUUGGUUAAAGAACAAGAGUUAGGUUUUAAUGAGUUGAAGGCUCUUCCAGCAUCCGAGAUAAAGAAUUCAACACCUCAAUCGCAAUCGCCUCCUUUGGCUCCCGAGAUAAAGAAUUCAACACCUCAAUCGCAAUCGCCUCCUUUGGCUCCUGAGACAAAGAAUUCAACACCUCAAUCGCAAUCGCCUCCUUUGGCUCUCGAGACAAAGAAAUCAAUACCUCAAUCGCAAUCGCCUCCUUUGGCUCCCGAGCCUAAAGAAGCACCUCGCAUUUUACAAGAAACGGGUGACUUAUUGAAUCUAAGAGAUGAUGAUAAUGUUUUGGCCAAUGAGCAAGGUAAUAAACUUGAAAUGGCAUUGUUCUCUGGAGCUUCGAUAGUUAAGACAGAUGGUUUGUGGGAGGAAUUUAGUCCAUCUGAAGUGAAUACGGUAUGGCAGAAACCGGGGGAUGAAAUAGGGAAAGCGGAUUGGGAAUUGACAUUGGUGGAAACUACCAGUAAUCUAUUGAAACCGAAGGCUGAUCUGGGAGGUGGUUUUGAUUCACUUCUACUGAAUGGAAUGUAUGAUCAAGGUGCUGUGAGACAGCAUGUGAACUCAACUGAUAUGAGUGGUGGAAGUUAUAGUAGUGUGGCAUUGCCAGGAGCUGGUAGGAAUGCAACACCGAUUCUUGCUUUGCCUGCUCCAGAUGGAACAAUGCAAGCUGUAGGAACACAGGAUCCAUUUGCAGCAUCACUAUCUGUGCCGCCGCCUUCGUACGUGCAAAUAGCAGAAAUGGAGAGGAAACAGCAUCUGCUUGUUCAGGAACAGCACCUAUGGCAACAAUAUGGAAGAGAUGGAAUGCAAGGUCAAGUUGGUUUAACAAGUGUUGGAGGUCAUGCUCCUGGUUCACAACCUAUGAGUUAUGAAAUGCCCUCACAAGAUAUGAUGAGUUAUGGAAUGCCACAAGUUGGUGGGAUUGGACAACCUGGAGGCUAUUACAAUGCACCUUUUUAACACUGUUUGGAAUAUCAAGUGUCUUUGGGUGUGGUUGUCAAAAAAAUGUUGAGGCAAACUGUCCAAGCCAGGAUGAGUUUGGUUUAAGAUAUUUGGUUUCUUUUAAAUAAGGCUUGGUUCGUGUAUCGAGUAUAUAAGAAACAGGUUUUGACUUGAGCUUUGCCUCUUUUAUACAUUUAUCUUACUGAGUUUUGAUUAUUCAAAUUCAAUGUAACUUCUGCAUAUCAAGGGUCUAUGCAAAAAAUAAAAGCAAAAAGCUUUGAGAGUUUCAUACUCCACAAAUUUACAUAUGUGAUGUCGUUAUCUCUUUAGUUCAUUCCAUAUAAUUGUUGAGGCAAUUCUUUUUACUUCAAAUAUCAAGUAUGAUACAUUUUUUGAAAAGUAGGAGAAGAUUAAGAUCUUUUGGCAUACAUUCUCUCCUAACUCUCAUUUGGUUUCACUUUAAAGCAUAUAUAUAUUUGAGAUUUUCAGUCGUUCAUCAAGAUCAAAGGAGACUUCAACACUUAAAA